UGAACUCUUCUCUGAGGUCGAGCGUCCACGUUCGGGUCCCUUCCGGUGCUCGAGGAGGUUGAUGGCGAGGUUCCAGUUGGUGCCGGUCAGACUGAACUGGACAGUACUUUUGAUUGUAGCCCACUUCACAUACCUGCUGGUUGGGGCCACCAUCUUCCAGAUACUGGAGCGGGAGGCUGAGAGCAACAACCGGAACUACUUCCAAGUGGAGAAGUUGAACUUUUUGGCCAACUACACCUGCCUGGACAAACCGGCCUUGGAGAAGUUUGUUCAGGUAAUUUUAGAUGCCUGGGAAAGGGGAGUGAAUCCCUCGGGCAACUCGACGAACCCCAGCAACUGGGACUUCAGUAGCUCCUUCUUUUUUGCAGGCACAGUUGUCACCACUAUAGGCUACGGUAACCUCUCCCCCAGCACUGUAUCUGGUCAGGUGUUUUGUGUGUUUUACGCCCUGUGUGGAAUCCCACUGAACCUGGCCUUCCUCAAACAGCUGGGCAAGUGUCUCACCGUCCACCUCGGUCGACUGGAGAGGGGAAUGGUCUCGGUUGUUCCACACAAGAAGACGGUUGACGCUCUGGCCGUGAGCUUGUUCUUCAUCACAGGAAGCCUGCUGUUUUUGGUCAUCCCUCCUCUGCUAUUCAGUUAUGUGGAAGGCUGGACGUUCGGCGAGGGCUUCUACUUCUCCUUCAUUACCCUCAGCACCAUUGGUUUCGGAGAUUAUGUCGUGGGGACCGACCCGGGCAAAGAGUACAUCUCUCUGUACCGGAGCCUUGCAGGCAUAUGGAUCAUCUUUGCCUUGGCUUGGCUGGCUCUUAUCCUCAACAUGGGAGCCAGAAUAAUGGAGCAUGUGAUUGGCCUGACUCAUCCAGGCUGCAAGAAACAAGAGGAGGAGGAGGGAGUGUCAACCAGCAAACUAGAAGACGCAUCGAAGAUCUGACAGAGGACCGUAGAGGGUCCAUCUACAUGUCUGUAGUGUCUUCUCCAUAACAGAUGAUGUACUGUAUGAAAGCAGAUGUAGCCGCUAUGAGCAGGAACUGCUUUGUAAGAUAUUGUUGCCUGUAUAUUUAUUCCUUCUUUUGAUGCUUUAAUUAUGCGUGACCACUACGAGAUACAAGCAUCAGCACUGAAAGUUUUCUCUGAUUCUUUUAGGGUUUAAUACUACAACUAAUACUAUACUACUACUCCUUCUACUACUACUACACUAUUACUACUACUACUAUACUACUACUAGCCUACUACUAAUACGACUA